AUGCCUCACGUCGAUAUCUUGUUCAACCAGUUGCCGAAGAGGAAAACCCAGCCAGCGCAAGUUAAAACGGCUAUCGAGAAUUUUGAAGAAUGUAUUGUCGAUGUGAGAAAUAGAAUUGAUGACAUAAUAAAUGGAGCCAAAAGUAUUUGCACUGAACUGAAAAAGAGACGACGUAAUAAUAGCAGUCACGAUCACCGAGUUGCCGCAUUAGAAGUAUGCGACAAUAUAGUGAAUUAUGCAAAUGACAGAUUUCAAUUCAAAGAUCUUUUGGUAGCCGCAUCCCUUUUUUUUCCCGAACACUUUGGAGAAUACUGUAGUAUGUUUCCGGAUGACAAGUUGGAAACUACCUGCUUGGCUUAUCCCGAAUUAGAAAAAAGUCGUUUAAAGUUGUCUGUUAUUUAG